AUGCCCUUGGUAUAGCUGCUUUCACUGUCUGAGGAUUCACUUAUGUUACUGCUAUAUCGAUAGUUUUCUUUCCUUUUUAUUGUUGUGUGGAUUAAUAUUCUGCUUCAAUUUACAGACCAUCCAAGAUUUUUCAACCAGUUAUAUGCUGGACUUGAUUAUUACUCCUUGGUAGCCAGAUUUAUGACAGAAGCAUUAAACCCAAGUGUUUAUACGUAUGAGGUGUCCCCAGUGUUUCUGUUAGUGGAAGAAGCGGUUCUGAAGAAAAUGAUUGAAUUUAUUGGCUGGAAAGAAGGGGAUGGAAUAUUUAACCCAGGUGGUUCAGUGUCCAAUAUGUAUGCCAUGAAUUUAGCCAGAUACAAGUACUGUCCUGGUAUUAAGGAAAAGGGGCUGUCUGGCAUGCCAAGAUUAAUCCUUUUCACAUCUGCAGAGUGUCAUUACUCCAUGGAGAAGUCUGCUUCCUUUCUUGGGAUCGGUACUGAGAAUGUGCGCUUUGUGGAGACAGAUGGAAGAGGUAAGAUGAUACCUGAAGAGCUGGAGAAGCGCGUGCAGGAGGCCGAGAAAGAGGGUGCAGCUCCGUUCCUGGUGUGUGCCACAUCCGGUACCACGGUGCUGGGGGCCUUCGAUCCUCUGGAUGAGAUUGCGGACAUCUGCGAGAGGCACGGCCUCUGGCUCCAUGUGGACGCUUCUUGGGGUGGCUCAGCCUUGAUGUCCAGGAAGCACCGCAGGCUCUUGCAGGGUAUCCACAGAGCUGAUUCUGUGGCGUGGAACCCACACAAGAUGUUGAUGGCUGGGAUUCAGUGCUGCGCUUUCCUCGUCAAAGACAAAUCUGAUCUUCUUAAGAGGUGCUACUCCGCCAACGCGUCUUACCUCUUCCAGCAGGAUAAAUUCUAUGAUGUCAGCUAUGACACGGGUGACAAGUCCAUCCAGUGCAGCAGGAGACCAGAUGCAUUCAAGUUCUGGAUGGCCUGGAAGGCCCUGGGCACAUUAGGCCUUGAAGAAAGAGUUAACCGCGCUCUUGCUCUAUCUAGGUACCUAGUAGAAGAAAUCAAGAAAAGAGAAGGAUUCAAGUUACUGAUGGAACCUGAAUAUGCCAAUAUUUGCUUUUGGUACAUUCCACCGAGCCUCAGACAGAUGGAGGAAGGACCUGAGUUCUGGGCAAAACUUCAUUUGGGCUGCUUUCAUGACACAGUGGCAGAGUGGAGCGCUUGCAACAGACCUUGUAUGACUUUACAAAGCCCCAAGUAUUUACUGUCUGGCAUUUUACGGAAAAAAAGAAAACUUCUCACCCUAGAGCUGGAACAGCUAACAUUCAACAUCGCAGCUGAGUGGCCCCGGCCAUCAAGGAGCGGAUGAUGAAGAAGGGGAGCCUCAUGCUGGGCUACCAGCCCCACCGGGGGAGGGCCAACUUCUUCCGGCAGGUGGUGAUCAGCCCUCAAGUCAGCCGGGAGGACAUGGACUUCCUGCUGGAUGAGAUAGACCUCCUGGGGAGGGGCAUGUAGCUGUGGCUUUGGGUCCCCCAGAGGCACGGGUCCUGCCCCAAGGGUAAGGGUCCAGGGCAUCCGGGGACACACGGACUGCAGCCCUUCUGGGGAGGGUAGGACACAUGCCCCAUCCCUGUCCAGCAAAACCGAAAUGCUAAGCAAGUAGUGUUAAGGACCCUCUAGUUGCCAGGGGGCUACUGCUGCAAUAUAGGAGGUAGCGAGAGGUGGGCCUCCUCUCGGACAACCCCUGGGACAGAGCCCCGGAGAGUUUAGUACCACGUGGGCUCUGGGCACAUUGCUUCUGAAAGAGCACCUGGAUUAGCAGGUGGACGAGUGGUUUACAAGGUCUGACCCAGAGACCAGCAGCCCUGGAAUCCUGUUAGAAACGCCUGGCCUCAGCCUUGCCCCAGACCCACUGAAUCAGAAACCCUGGGGGUGGGGGAGCUGAGUGCUCUGAACUUCACAGAGACUUCCAGGUGCUUCUUAGGCAAGGUAAAAUCUGAGAGCCAGCAGUUCAACGCAGCUUUGAAUUAACUGAGUACUACUCACUCUGAUGUGUUUGCCCGUAAAGGGAUAUCUGAUACUUCAGUGGCUCUGAAAAUGCAGCUGUGGCCUCUUAACACUAAUGUUUAGGGGCAUCAGAAGUAUAGCGGAGCUGUGUUUAAAAGAGAAACUGUAAUAUAUAUAAGAUGUUUACUUUAUGGAAAGGUAUCUCUUAUGCAGGCUAAAUGUUUACUCUCCAAAGUUAAAAUUAACCACUAUCUAUUAUAAAGUAUCUGAAUUAGAGCUAAGGAUAAAAGACAGACUUUGUAGGUAGCCUUUUAAUCAAAGCAAUGUCCCUAAUUCAUUUCCCAAAAUAAUUCGUGUCAUUAAUUGGUAGUACAUGUUAGGUACCUAUACAUGUCUCUAAUUAGAUGCCUCUUAGCUUGAGGGGCCCCUUAUCUUGCUCUCUGCUUGUAGGAAAUAACGAGAAUGAAGUCCAGGGUUAUACGACAUUCCCUUUCGCAAGCUUUAAAAUGGCAGUGUACACUUAUUAAAGGGUUUGUAUUGGGCAGAGAAUCAGGGAAUUAGAGGUCUUUUGGGGCAAACACCUCCGCCAUUUAUCCUGGGAGUGGAUAAUAGUAAUUCUGUCUCUAAUCCUGGUCCUAGAUCUCUAGCAGAAUUUCCUUUGACUAAGAAAUAAACAGAAUUCAGAGGUGUGGGAGUAGAGGUCAACAAGGUGCAAUUAUGACUGUAAUUAAAGCUCCCCUCUGGAAAGCAAGGGACUGAGAGUGUUCAGGUAUUAGAUGGGAGCUGAGGCCAACAGGGUAGUUAGGCCUCUGGUUGGAGCUCCGCCUUGGAAGGCAUGUGACCGAGUGUGCAGACGUUAGACUGAGCGUUUUCAGUACCCAUCUCGUACGCUUUCGCUAACCUGCGCCAUUUAUAUUUUGAAGAGUUAAAAAGCAGAUAUGUACUAUUUGCUUGUAUUCUCUAUUUUUAUUUCAGAGUGUGUGGUUUCUCAGUAUCUCCAUCGGUCAAAGAAUAUUUUAAACUUUCUCCGAACUACUUUAAUCUGUAGUAUGUGUAUUGCAUCUCUUGUUGCCUUUUUGUUUAAACAUCUCCCUAAAAUGUUCUGAAACUGAUGUUUGCAAUAAUUUGGGUUUAAUGAAAUAAAAAAGCAAUGUGAGCAUA